GAGCUCCAGACCCGCAGCAGCAUGGUGAUGAAGGGCUACUUCAACAUGCCCGAGGCUACCGCCGACGCCAUCGACGCCGCCGGCUGGCUGCACACCGGCGACCUCGCCACCGUCGAUGAGGACGGCUAUUACAAGAUCACCGGCCGCCUCAAGGACAUGAUCAUCCGUGGCGGUGAGAACGUCUACCCCCGCGAGAUCGAGGAAUUCCUGUACACCCACCCGGAGAUCGACGAUGUGCAGGUCAUCGGCGUGCCCGACCAGCGCUUCGGCGAGGAAGUCAUGGCGUGGGUCCGCCUC